AUGACGAGCGUUUCGAGCGUCAAGGAAGCUGUCAAGGAGAGCCUGGUUGGCGCUGAAGAGCCUGCGCAGCUCUCGGCGCAAACCAAGGCUCGCUUCAGCACUCAUGCGAUCAAGGACCCUGAGACGGGCGAGCUGUACUUGGGGCCCGACCAGUUCAUCAGCGCCAUUGCGCCCAAGGACGAGGACUAUCACAAGAUCAAGCGGGAGCAGUACUCGAUCCUCUUUGGCGUCGCCGACAGCAAGGGCACCGGCAGAGUUUCCUUGACUGAUUGGAGCGUCUUCGAGAACCUCCUCCUCAAGCCCGAUGCCGAGUACGAAAUCGCCUUCCGAUUGUUCGACGUCGACCGGACCGGCAUCGUCAAGUACGACGACUUCAAGCGCCUCUACGAACUCAACAAGGGACCGGAUAACAUUCCCUUCGACUGGGACUGCGAGUGGGCCAAGCUGUACAUUGGUACGAAUAAGAACCGCCACAACCUAAACUAUGCGCAGUUCUCACAGUUGCUGCGAGGCCUUCAGGGCGAGCGCAUCAGACAAGCUUUCCACCGCUUCGACAAGGAUGGCGAUGGUUAUAUCAACCCGGAGGACUUUGAGCGCAUUAUCCGCGAGACGGCAAGACACAAGCUCUCGGACCAUCUGCUGGAAAACCUGCACACCCUGUGCAACAUCUCGGCUAGCAGCAAGGUGUCUUAUGCCAACGUGCGGGCUUUCCAGAACAUCAUCAUGGAGAUGGACAUGGUUGAGCUGAUUCUGCGCCGGGCUGUUUCAAAAACCAAGGAUGGCAAAAUUACCAGAUCAGAGUUCAUGAACGAGGCGGCUGGCAUCACGCGAUUCGCGCUCUUCACGCCCAUGGAGGCUGAUAUUCUCUUCCACUUUGCAAGCUUGGACGAGCCUUCUGGACGACUGGGUCUUCGUGACUUUGCCAAGGUCCUGGACCCUUCUUGGCGGAAUCCCAUGUACGAUGCCUUGGAUACCGCCAGCCACGCGGUUGACAAGGUCGCUUCCAAGGGUGGCGCGGUGUUGCAUCAAGUCCUUGAGUCUGCAUACAACUUCGGUCUGGGUAGUGUGGCUGGUGCCUUUGGUGCUUUCAUGGUGUAUCCCAUUGAUCUUGUCAAGACCCGUCUGCAGAACCAGCGUGGAGCGGUGCCCGGACAGCGCCUAUACAAGAACUCGAUUGAUUGCUUCCAAAAGGUCGUUCGCAACGAAGGUUUCCGUGGCCUUUACUCUGGUGUUUUGCCGCAGCUUGUUGGUGUAGCGCCGGAGAAGGCCAUCAAGCUGACUGUCAACGACUUGGUGCGAGGCCGCUUGACAGACAAGACAGGAAACAUUCCCUUGUGGGCUGAGAUUCUUGCUGGUGGUACCGCUGGUGGAUGUCAAGUAGUCUUCACAAACCCUCUUGAAAUUGUCAAGAUCCGUCUGCAAAUUCAAGGAGAGGUCGCCAAGACUGUCGAGGGCACGCCCAAGAGAUCAGCCAUGUGGAUUGUCCGCAACCUCGGUCUGAUGGGUCUGUACAAGGGUGCCUCUGCCUGUUUGCUGCGAGAUGUACCUUUCUCCGCCAUCUACUUCCCCACUUAUAGCCAUCUCAAGAAGGACUUCUUUGGCGAAUCACCGACCAAGAAGCUCGGUGUCUUGCAGCUCCUGACGGCUGGUGCCAUUGCUGGUAUGCCUGCGGCGUAUCUGACAACGCCUUGCGAUGUCAUCAAGACUCGUCUCCAAGUGGAGGCCCGUAAGGGAGAGGCGACGUACAAUGGUCUGCGACACGCCGCGCAGACCAUCUGGAAGGAGGAGGGAUUCACGGCCUUUUUCAAGGGCGGCCCCGCUCGUAUCUUCCGAUCAUCACCCCAGUUCGGUUUCACCCUAGCCGCAUACGAAGUGCUGCAGAACGUGCUGCCCAUGCCUGGAACAGCCUCAAAGGACAAGUCGCAUGCUAGCAUGGCGGAUGCUUUGUCCACGCUCAGGUCUAAGCAGCUCGACUCCAGCCCCUUUGCUCGCAGCAGAAAUGCGCUGAAGAUCAUCCUGGAUCUCGACGAGGACUUUGGCAAGGUCAAGCUGCCCAACGAGAGAGGCUGGAAGUCUCUGCCCAAGAUCAUUGGAGGUGGCGGCCAAGCAGCGGCGCAAUAA